AUGACGAGGAUAAAUAUGAAAUUUGCGAUUAUGCUUAUUAUAAUGUUGUCGAAUAACGUAGAGUUAUUUGAGACCCAAUUGUUUUCGCAAGCAUUAGUCAACCUUUGGUUCCCUAAGGAACCUAAUAUAGUGAGAGUAAGGACCUUGGACGAAGUUGCAAUAGGGAAAAGCGUGAGAAUAUUGGAUUUCAUUGGUUUGGUAACAAGACAUGGUUAUCCCGCCGAGGAACAUAUUAUUACAACCAAGGACGGUUACAACUUGAAGUUACAUAGAAUACCCGACAGUCCACUGUCUAUUAACAAAGACAACAAGAAACCAAUAUUCCUUCAGCACGGCGUUUUAGGCUCAUCCGACUUGUGGGUGCUAUUUGGCCCUGGCAAAGACCUUGCAUUUCUUUUGGCUGAUCAAGGAUACGAUGUGUGGCUCGGAAAUGUCAGAGGAAAUACAUAUUGUAGAUCACACGUAAAAAUGUCUCCUCAAAAUGCUGAUUUCUGGCAAUAUAGUUAUCACGAGAUAGGAACAAUAGACUUACCAAAUAUGAUCGAUUACGUACUUGAUUACACUGGGAAGAAAUUUCUGCACUAUAUUGGCCAUUCGAUGGGAACUACUUUGUUAUUCGUCCUCCUAUCUACGAGACCCGAUUACAACGCAAAAAUAAGACUGGGAAUAUGCUUCGCUCCAGUUGCCCUUUUUAACGAACUAUCUCCUCUAUUUCAACAAGCUAUUAAUAACUACCAAAAUAUAAUGAAAUUUUUUAAUGAUAACGAAGUGAACGAAUUAUUUCCUUUAUCAUCGACAAAUAUUGCUUCGAACAAGAUAUUAUGCGCAGAUAACACAAAAACUCAGCCUUUUUGUAUCGCAGUACUAUUCUUAUUCGCAGGAUCCGAUCCUAUACAAAUGAAUACCACAGCACUACCAGGAAUAUUUGGUCAUUAUCCAGCCGGCAUUUCUGUAUUAACGUUAUAUCAUUAUAUUCAAAAUAUUCUUACACACGACUUUCGACAUUAUGAUUAUGGAUAUUUCAUUCAUAACGAUAUAGUAUCCGAAAGAUAUGAACUUGAAAAAAUUACUGCACCAUUGGCUUUAAUUUAUGGCGCCGGUGACGUUAUUGCCUCAAGAUCGGUAAAAACAUUUAAUGUCCUCGAGCUGCACAAGCGAUUAUCCAACGUUAUCUUGUUUGAGGAAGUUCCAUAUAAACGCUUUAACCAUUUGGAUUUCUUCACAGGCAUUGACGCGAAAAGUCUUUUAUUCGAUCAUGUGAUAGAGAUAAUAGAGAAAUUUGAAGCUAAGCAACUAAACCGGAGUCUAUUUUGA